AUGGCGGCAGAGCUGGAGUCGCUGGAGCUGUGCCUGGAGCGGCACAUCCCGCCCGGGGAGCUCGCCGAGGUGAAGCGGAUCCUCUAUGGGGGCGAGGCCAGAAAACUCGAUUUGCCAACUGCUGCGCUGUCAGCAGCUCAGGAAAGAGAUUUUGAACUACAGGGCUAUGGAUUUGAAGCUGCUUUGGAGCAAUUGAGAAGGCCACGUAUUGUUCGAGUGGGACUGAUACAGAAUAAAAUUCCUCUUCCCACAGACACAGCAGUGGCAGUCCAGGUGGCUGCUCUGCACAGACGCAUCGAGGAGAUGGUGGGAGUGGCUGCCAUGUGUGGGGUCAACAUUGUGUGUUUCCAGGAGGCUUGGACCAUGCCCUUUGCUUUUUGUACAAGAGAGAAACUUCCUUGGACUGAAUUUGCUGAGUCAGCAGAGGAUGGGCCAACAACCAAGUUCUGUCAAGAGCUUGCAAAGAAGUACAACAUGGUUGUGGUGUCUCCAAUCCUGGAGCGAGAUGAACUGCAUGGUGGAAUUCUCUGGAAUACUGCAGUGGUCAUUUCUAAUUCUGGAGCACUCCUUGGCAAAAGUAGGAAAAAUCACAUUCCAAGGGUUGGAGAUUUCAAUGAGUCUACUUACUAUAUGGAAGGAAAUACAGGACACCCAGUGUUUCAGACCCAGUUUGGGACAAUUGCUGUGAACAUCUGCUACGGGCGCCACCACCCUCUGAACUGGCUCAUGUAUAGCAUGAAUGGAGCAGAGAUCAUCUUUAACCCUUCAGCCACUAUAGGGGCACUCAGCGAGGCGCUGUGGCCCAUCGAAGCCAGGAACGCUGCCAUAGCCAAUCACUGCUUCACGUGCCCCAUCAACAGAGUGGGAACGGAAUACUACAAGAAUGCCUUUACUUCUGGAGAUGGUGGAAAAGCACACCACGAGCUGGGCCAUUUCUAUGGCUCGAGUUACGUGGCUGCGCCGGACGGCAGCAGGACCCCGGGGCUGUCUCGCACUCAGGACGGGCUGCUGGUGGCAGAGAUGGACCUAAACCUCUGCAGGCAAGUCAGUGACAAGUGGAAUUUUAAGAUGACUGGUAGAUAUGAAAUGUAUGCAGAAAAGCUUGCUGAAGCAAUCCAGCCUUUCUUUAUACCCAAUAUCAUCAAAGAGUAAGAGAGAGCAUCUCAUUACACUCAAAUGUUACAAGCCAAAUUCCAAGUUACUGUUGGGUUAUAGCUUUCCUGUGUUGCUGUUUUAAUGUUGUCAGUUUAAUUUCAUGUAACCAAUUUUAAAUAAUAGGAGUCAGAACUGUGUUACGUAAAAUAAUUGAAAUGGCUUCUUCAGUGUUUGUCAUUUACACUAAUGAGUCUAAAGUUGUUCCUUGCUGGAAAUACCUCCAGUGUUUUUCUAGAGUAGAUAGACAUACAGUGUACUGUGGUAGAGUUGAUGGGAUGAAUUCAGAGGACAUGAAAAUUUUUAUGUUUUUAAGCUUUGCAUUGUACAUCUGUUUCUGCUUUCUGGUUUUUACCCUCUGCCCAAAUGCAUAAUUUACAGAGAAAUGAGGCAGAAAUUGUUUUCAUCUGGGUUUUGUUUGCUUUUUCUGCUUACAAACUACUUGAUGCAGUUCAGGUACAGCUGAGUCAUGUACCAAACAUCCCAGCUGGGUGAAGGGCUGUGGGUGCUGUAAAGCAGGACUGCUUUGGGUCUGUUGCCUUUACACAACCACAGCUGGAGCUGUCUUUGCAGGGCCCCUUCUAGGUGCAGAAGUCUUGCUCAGGGAGAUGCUUUGGUAUCUUCUGAAGCUCAGUGCCCUGAAGGGAAGCAGAAAUAGAGACCCUGGCCAGUGCACAGGCAAGGCUGGGGCAGUUGCCUGCUUUUCACUGUGAACACAAAGCUCAGGAUGGGGAAGGAAGACUCCUUCCCUGGGGCUGCACUCCAGUAGGAUGUGGUGGCUGCAGAGUACACAAACCAGCUCUGGACUAAAGGUACCAAUGCUACAUUUGCUGUUCUUAGGUAGUACUGAAACUUUAGUAGUAUAUUCAGUAUUCUUAGCUAGUAUUCUGAAAUUUUGCUUGAUAUGAUUUGGGUGAUGGCAAUGGGUGUUCAGGCAAUGCAGACUGAAUACAAUUUACAGCCCAGCAACUAUGAAAUUGUAGCUAGUAAUAGUAAGAAAUAUUUGAACUCUUGUUUUUGUUUUUCUGAAUUACAAUUUCAGCUUUUCAAAACCAUUAUUUCUAACAAACUUGUUAAUAAAUGCACUUGCUACGUUAUGUUACCAGGUUAUUUGUGAGCUUCACCUUUAUUGAGAAUGGCUUAAUUACAAAUAAAAAUAUAUUUAUGUAUAAAAUCCCUGCAUGUAAAAUCCCCUUCCUUUGCUAUUGACAUCCUGACAG